ACUAAAAGUAAAGAAGUAGAAAUAUGUAUGGUUAAACACUGGCGAGUGGACCGAGAGGAGAAAUAUGAAAUAGUUGAAAAGUGGUUUUUGAAAGAUCUGGAGAUGAUUGAUGGAAAAGAAGCAGAUACAGAUAAUCCAUAUUUUGAUAUGCAUUUCCACAAAGUCUACCAUAUGGAAGCAUAUAGCUGUGCAUCUAAAUAUACCUUUGCUCGAACACUAAACAAACUGAAUGCGACGUACCUUAAGAAGGACUUCAAGAUUGUGAACUUUGAUGACACCUAUCUAAAUGAUGAUUCAAUCUGGUCAUCCAGCAAUAGAGAUUUCUUAGUAGUUAUGAGGGUUUGCUUCUAUGCUUCCAACCUUUUAUGUCUAUCCCUCUGUCGUUUGUCCUAAAGAAGUAUUUUCUAACAUUAGGGUAACUGGUUGACUUUCACUGACCAGCAUUUCAUAAACCAUCUGAUCAAAAAGUUAGUAAUAUGCCGUGUCUCCUUUUUGAUUUUACAUGUAAGUAAAAAGUGGAACAUAGUUUCUACACAAAUUGUUGGUAAGUCAUUUAUAUAUAUUAAUAGGUUCUCACUCUAACAAAUACCUAUACAUACAAGAGACUGGAAACAUAGAACCAGUAAUUACCAUGGUCAAUGGUGAUUGCUUAUGUAAGCAGAACUCAGCAUUUGCUUCUAUGCUCAUGGAGGUAUAAAUUAUCUUUCAUUAACAGCUUGAAAUACUGCUGCAGCAUUAACAGUUAAUUUAUAUCUUGUAAGUAGGAAAAAAAAUGUAAUUAAUUGAGUUCUGUAUGAGAAUGAUACACAUUUCCAUUUCCAACUGUGUUGAAACACAGAACUCCAUUAAAGAGAUCACACCUACCCCCCUACAAGAAUCCAGUUCUCAUCCUGAUGAAUAGGAGUACUGCAUUCAGGUGCCAUGGGACCAACUUUUCACCUAUGCAGCUAUAUUAUUUUUGCCACAGAACAUUUAGUACUCCCUUCGGCCAUCACAUUAUUUGUGAUACUGUCUUAGAAAACAAAUGUUCUUAAGCAGCACUGCUUUAUUUUUCAGGCCUUUCAGAACUUCCAUAUCAUUAAUGUCUCCUUUCCUGCCCUUCAUUGCUUAUGAACAGUUGUGUUUAGGGAACAGAAAUUGUCUUUAUCUCUGAAUCAAAAGAUAAGACAGUACUAUGUAAACAGUAGUUAUUGGCUGCUACAGUUACUUUGUAGGCAAGUGAUCGAGUUUUCAGAAUUCACAGAACUAUGAGAUUUAUUUUCACCAGUUUCUAGCUAAGUGUAAGCAUAUUCAGUGCACUCCUUACAGGCACAUUAGUACUUAGAGCUACAUUUGCUAUAGGGUGGAGUCUACUCGAGGGGUUGGGAACAGCUCACAAGAUGUAACAGCUGGACUUGUAAUACUAGUAUACUAUGGUAGAAGCGGAGGAUAAGUGGCAGCUCUGUUGAACAGAAGUGGAACAGUGUUAAUGAUAAGAAGCAGUGUCAGUCAGCUGGGUUAGCUGGCUGUUCGUCCCAUAGUAAAUAAAAAAUGCCAACCCAAAAGAAGCUCCAUUUAGAGAGGCUUUGUGUCAGAAUGUCCUGCAGGAGAAAACUAGCUUUCUCCUUUGACAGCCACGGGAGUUCAGGAAGGCAGGAUGUGGACUAAACCAGGUAUGGACCUGGAGCUGAGUGAUGCCAGCUCCCAGUAAACCAGAGGCUUCAUGUUCUGAAAGAGGUUCAUGUCCUCUUUCAGCACCUGCCAUCUCUAAAAUGGGAUAGGUGUGCAAGGAUACUGUGCUGUACUGUAGCUUGUACCUUGCUUUUGUCUUUCAUGUGAACUCCCAUCUUCGAAAACAUUUGUGUAAAUGUACUUUGGAUUCAAAAUUGAAAUAACAUCAAGUAAGUGAGAAUAUAUUUGCAAACCUGUAAAAUGUUCAGCUUUCUACUUUUUAAAUGUUAUCCUAUUGCGUGUAUAUAGGAAAGCCCAUAUCUUUGAUUAGUUAAUAUUCUGAAGUUAGAUAUUUAUUCUAGGCAUAUAUUGCAAAUUACAUUGGUUCUAACACAGAUCUUAGUAAUUAAUACUGUAUAGCUGUGAGUGCAGUUUAUGUGGGUAACACAAAUGCCUUGGAAUUUGUAAGGACUUACACCUUAAAUUUAUCACCUAAAUAAUACUGUUAGAGAGAAGGAUUGUAAUUUUAGGGAUUGCUUCAAUACAGUUGUUCUUUUGAGAAUGUCUUUGGGAUAAUCCAGUGCAAGUAGGUGUGUGGUGACAUUUGAUUAUUAGCUACAAGAAGUACUUGCCCACUAUCCAAGUUCCACAAAACCAUCUUAUACAGAAAGUAUAAUUCAUGCUACUGCUCUCGAUGAUACAUUGUCUUGUUUGAAUUGUGUAUUGAUUGUUGAGGUCACAAUGUUUUCCACAAUAUUUACAAAUUCUUGCUUAAUAGGCACAAGGAAAUGUUUUCCGGGUGGAAAAGCUUUCAUCAUUCAUCUUGUAAUUGUAAUAAAAAGUGUAG